ACUGUUAAUACAACUGAAACAACUACACCAGCCACAACAACUGAGAGCACAACUGUUAGUACAACUGAAACCACUAUACCAGCCACAACAACUGAGAGGACAACUGUUAGUACAACUGAAACAACUACACCAACCACAACAACAAAAUCAACAUCAGCCACAACAACUGAGAGCACAACUGUUAGUACAACUGAAACAACUACACUAACCACAAAAACAGAAUCAACAUCAGCAACAACAACUGAGAGCACAACUGAUAGUACAACUGAAACAACCACACCAGCCACAACAACUGACAGCACAACUACACCAGCCACAACAACUGAGAGCACAAGGGUUAGUACAACUGAAACAAGUACACCAGCCACAACAACUGAGAGCACAACGGUUAGUACAACUGAGGCAACUACACCAGAACAACCAACAAAAACAACAGAAUCUUCAACAGCAACAACAACUGAGAGCACAACUGUUAGUACAACUGAAACAAACACACCAGCCACAACAACUGAGAAUACAACUGUUAGUACAACUGAAACAACAACACCAGCCACAACAACUGAGAGCACAACUGUUAUUACAACUGAAACAACUACACCAGCCACAACAACUGAGAGCACAACUGAUAGUACAACUGAAACAACCACACCAGCCACAACAACUGAGAGCACAACGGUUAGUACAACUGAAACAAGUACACCAGCCACAACAACAGAAUCAACAUCAGCCACAACAACUGAGAGCACAACGGUUAGAACAACUGAAACAAGUACACCAGCCACAACAACUGAGAGCACAACUGUUAGUACAACUGAGACAACUACACCAGAACAACCAACAACAACAACAGAAUCUUCAACAGCAACAACAACUGAGAGCACAACUGAUAGUACAACUGAAACAACCACACCAGCCACAACAACUGAGAGCACAACUAGCACAACUGUUAGUACAACUGAAACAACUACACCAGCCACAACAACUGAGAGCACAACUGUUAGUACAACUGAAACCACUACACCAGCCACAACAACUGAAAGCAGCACAACUGUUAGUACAUCUGAAACAUCUACACCAGCACCAAUAAUAACAGAAUCUGCAACAGCCACGACAACUGAGAGCACAACUGUCAGUACAACUGAAACAACUACACCAACCCCAACAAUAGAAUCAACAUCAGCCACAACAGCUAAGAGCACAACUGUUAGUACAACUGAAGCAACUACACCAGCCACAACAACUGAGAGCACACCUGUUAGUACAACUGAAACAACUACACCAACCACAAAAACAGAAUCAACAUCAGCCACAACAACUGAGAGCACAACUUUCAGUACAACUGAAAAAACUACACCAACCACAACAACAGAAUCAACACGAGCCGCAACAACUGAAAGCACAACUGAAACAACUACACCAGCCACAACAAAUGAGAGCAUAACUGUUAGUACAACUGAAACAACUACACCAACCACAACAACAGAAUCAACAUCAGCCACAACAACUGAGAGCACAACUGUGAGUACAACUGAAACAACUACACCAACCACAACAACAGAAUCAACACCAGCCACAACAACUGAAAGCAAAACUGUUAGUACAACUGAAACAACUACACCAACCACAACAACAGAAUCAACAUCAGCCACAACAACUGAGAGCACAACUGAUAGUACAACUGAAAAAACCACACCAGCCACAACAACUGAGAGCACAACUGAAACAACUACACCAACCAUAACAACUGAGACCACAACUGUUAGUACAACUGAAACAACCACACCAGCCAUAACAACUGAGAGCACAACUCUUAGUACAACUGAAAUAAGUACACCAGCCACAACAACUGAGAGCACAACUGUUAGUACAACUGAAACCACUACACCAGCCACAACAACUGAGAGCACAACUGUUAGUACAACUGAAACAACUACACCAACCACAACAACAGAAUCAACACCAGCCACAACAACUGAAAGCACAACUGUUAGUACAACUGAAACAACUACAUCAACCACAACAACAGAAUCAACAUCAGCCACAACAGCUGAGAGCACGACUGAUAGUACAACUGAAACAACCACACCAGCCACAACAACUGAGAGCGCAACUGUUAGUACAACUGAAACAACUACACCAGCCACAACAACUGAGAGCACAACCGAAACAACUACACCAACCACAACAACUGAGAGAACAACUGUGAGUACAACUGAAACAACUACACCAGCCACAACAACUGAGAGCACAACUGUUAGUACAACUGAAACAACUACACCAACCACAACAACAGAAUCAACCUCAGCCACAACAACUGUUAGUACAACUGAAACAACUACACCAGCCACAACAACUGAGAGGACAACUGUUACUACAACUGAAACAACUACACCAGCCACAACAACUGAGAGCACAACUGUUAGUACAACUGAAACAACUACACCAACCACAACAACAGAAUCAACAUCAGCCACAAGAACUGAGAGCACAAAUACUACACCAGCCACAACAACUGAGAGCACAACUGAAACAACUACACCAACCACAACAACUGAGAGCAAAACUGUUAGUACAACUGAGACAACUACACCAGCCACAACAACUGAGAGCACAACUGUUAGUACAACUGAGACAACUACAACUGCCACAACAACUGAGAUCACAACUGUUAGUACAACUGAGACAACUACACCAAACACAACAACAGAACCAAGAUCAGCCACAACUGAGACCACAACUGUUAGUACAACUGAAACAACUACACCAGCCACAACUGAGAGCACAACUGUUAGUACAACUGAGACAACUACACCAGCCACAACAACUGAGAGCACUACUACAACUACUCCAACCACAACAACAGAACCAACAUCAGCCACAACAACUGAGAGCACAACUGUUAGUACAACUGAGACAACUACACCAACCACAACAACAGAAUCAACAUCAGCCACAACAACUGAGAGCACAACUGUUAGUACAACUGAAACAACUACACCAGCCACAACAACCGAGAGCACAACUGUUAGUACAACUGAAACAACUACACCAACCACAACAACAGAAUCAACAUCAGCCACAACAACUGAGAGCACAACUGUUAGUACAACUGAAACAACUACACCAACCACAAUAACAGAAUCAACAUCAGCCACAACAACUGAAAGCACAACUGUUAGUACAACUGAAACAACUAAACCAGCCACAACAACUGAGAGCACAACUGAAACAACUACACCAACCACAACAACUGAGAGAACAACUGUGAGUACAACUGAAACAACGACACCAGCCACAACAACUGAGAGCACAACUGUUAGUACAACUGAAACAACUACACCAACCACAACAUCAGCCACAACAACUGAGAGCACAACUACAACUACACCAACCACAACAACAGAAUCAACAUCAGCCACAACAACUGAAAGCACAACUGUUAGUACAACUGAAACAACUACACCAACCACAACAAGAGAAUCAACAUCAGCCACAAUAACUGAGAGCACAACUGUUAGUACAACUGAAACAACUACACCAGCCACAACAACUGAGAGCACAACUGAAACAACUACACCAACCACAACAACUGAGAGCAAAACUGUUAGUACAACUGAGACAACUACACCAGCCACAACAACUGAGAGCACAACUGUUAGUACAACUGAGACAACUACAACUGCCACAACAACUGAGAUCACAACUGUUAGUACAACUGAGACAACUACACCAAACACAACAACAGAACCAAGAUCAGCCACAACUGAGACCACAACUGUUAGUACAACUGAAACAACUACACCAGCCACAACUGAGAGCACAACUGUUAGUACAACUGAGACAACUACACCAGCCACAACAACUGAGAGCACUACUGUUAGUAAAACUGAAACAACUACACCAGCGACAACAACUGAGAGCAAAACUGUUAGUACAACUGAAACAACUACACCAGCCACAACAACAGAGAGCACAACUGUUAGUACAACUGCACCAGCGACAACAACUGAGAGCACAACUGUUAGUACAACUGAAACAACUACACCAACCACAAGCACAACUGUCAGUACAACUGAAAAAACUACACCAGCCACAACAACUGAGAUCACAACUGUUAGUACAACUGAGACAACUACACCUGCCACAACAACUGAGAUCACAACUGUUAGUACAACUGAGACAACUACUCCAACCACAACAACAGAACCAACAUCAGCCACAACAACUGAGAGCACAACUGUUAGUACAACUGAGACAACUACACCAACCACAACAACAGAAUCAACAUCAGCCACAACAACUGAGAGCACAACUGUUAGUACAACUGAAACAACUACACCAGCCACAACAACCGAGAGCACAACUGUUAGUACAACUGAAACAACUACACCAACCACAACAACAGAAUCAACAUCAGCCACAACAACUGAGAGCACAACUGUUAGUACAACUGAAACAACUACACCAACCACAAUAACAGAAUCAACAUCAGCCACAACAACUGAAAGCACAACUAGCACAACUGAAACAACUACACCAACCACAACAACUGAGAGAACAACUGUGAGUACAACUGAAACAACGACACCAGCCACAUCAACUGAGAGCACAACUGUUAGUACAACUGAAACAACUACACCAACCACAACAACAGAAUCAACCUCAGCCACAACAACUGUUAGUACAAAUGAAACAACUACACCAGCCACAACAACUGAGAGGACAACUGUUACUACAACUGAGACAACUACACCAGAACCACCACCAACAACAACAGAAUCUUCAACAUCAACAAAAACUGAGAGCACAAAUGUUAGUACAUCUGAAACAUCUACACCAGCACCAAUAAUAACAGAAUCUGCAACAGCCAUGACAACUGAGAGCACAACUGUUAGUACAACUGAGACAACUACACCAACCACAACAACAGAACCAACAUCAGCCACAACAACUGAGAGCACAACUGUUAGUACAACUACACCAGCGACAACAACUCAGAGCACAACUGUUAGUACAACUGAAACAACCACACCAGCCACAACAACUGAGAGCACAACUGUUAGUACAACUGAGACAACUACACCAACCACAACAACAGAAUCAACAUCAGCCACAACAACUGAGAGCACAACUGUUAGUACAACUGAGACAACUACACCAACCACAACAACAGAAUCAACAUCAGCCACAACAACUGAGAGCACAACUGUUAGUACAACUGAAACAACUACACCAGCCACAACAACUGAGAGCACAACUGUUAGUACAACUGAGACAACUACACCAACCACAACAACAGAAUCAACAUCAGCCACAACAACUGAGAGCAUAACAGUUAGUACAACUGAGACAACUACACCAACCACAACAACAGAACCAACAUCAGCCACAACAACUCAGAGCACUACUGUUAGUACAACUGAAACUACACCAGACACAACAACUGAGAGCACAACUGUUAGUACAACUGAAACAACUAUACCAACUACAACAACCGAAUCAACAUCAGCCACAACAACUGAGAGCACAACUGUUAGUACAACUGAAACAACCACACUAGCCACAACAACUGAGAGCACAACUCUUAGUACAACUGAAACAACUACACCAGCCACAACAACUGAGACCACAACUGUUAGUACAACCGAGACAACUACACCAGCCACAACAACUGAGAGCACAACUGUUAGUACAACUGAGACAACUACACCAACCACAACAACAACAACAACAACAACAGAAUCAACAUCAGCCACAACAACUGAGAGCACAACUGUUAGUACAACUGAAACAACUACACCAGCCACAACAACUGAGAGCAGCACAACUGUUAUUACAACUGAAAUAACUACAUCAGCCACAACAACUGAGAGCACAACUGAAACAACGACACCAACCACAACAACUGAGACCACAACUGUUAGUACAACUGAAACAACCACACCAGCCACAACAACUGAGAGCACAACUGUUAGUACAACUGAAACAACUACACCAACCACAACAACAGAAUCAACAGAAUCAACAUCAGCCACAACAACUGAGAGCACAACUGUUAGUACAACUACACCAGCCACAACAACAGAGAGAUCAACUGUUAGUACAACUGAAACAACCACACCAGCCACAACAACUGAGAGCACAACUGUAAAUACAACUGAGACAACUACACCAACCACAACAACAACAACAGAAUCAACAUCAGCCACAACAACUGAGAGCACAACUGUUAGUACAACUGAAACAUCUACACCAGCCACAACAACUGAGAGCACAACUGUUAGUACAACUGAGACAACUAUACCAGCCACAACAACAGAAUCAACAUCAGCCACAACUACUGAGAGCACAACUGUUAGUACAACUGAAACAACUACACCAGCCACAACAACUGAGAGCACAAAUGAAACAACUACACCAGCCAGAACAACUGAGAGCACAACUGUUAGUACAACUGAAACAACCACGCCAGCCACAACAACUGAGAGCACAACUAUUAGUACAACUGAAACAACUACACCAGCCACAACAACUGAGAGCACAACUGUUAGUACACAACUAACUACACCAACCACAACAACAAAAUCAACAUCAGCCACAACAACUGAGAGCACAACUGUUAGUACAACUACACCAGCCACAACAACUGAGAGCACAACUGUUAGUACAACUGAAACAACCACACCAGCCACAACAACUGUGAGCACAACUGUUAAUACAACUGAGACAACUACACCAACCACAACAACAACAACAGAAUCAACAUCAGCCACAACAACUGAGAGCACAACUGUUAGUACAACUGAAACAUCUACACCAGCCACAACAACUGAGAGCACAACUGUUAGUACAACUGAGACAACUAUACCAGCCACAACAACAGAAUCAACAUCAGCCACAACUACUGAGAGCACAACUGCUAGUACAACUGAAACAACUACACCAGCCACAACAACUGAGAGCACAAAUGAAACAACUACACCAGCCAGAACAACUGAGAGCACAACUGUUAGUACAACUGAAAGCACAACUGUUAGUACAACUGAAACAACCACGCCAGCCACAACAACUGAGAGCACAACUAUUAGUACAACUGAAACAACUACACCAGCCAGAACAACUGAGAGCACAACUGUUAGUACAACUGAAACAACUACACCAGCCACAACAACUGAGAGCACAACUGUUAGUACAACUGAAACUACUACACCAGCCACAACAACUGAGACCACAGCUGUUAGUACAACUGAGACAACUACACCAGCCACAGCAACUGAGAGCACAACUGUUAGUACAACUGAAACAACUACACCAGCACCACCAACAAUAGAAUCUUCAACAGCCACAACAACUGAUAGCACAUCUCUUAGUACAGCUGAAACAACUACACCAGCCACUACAACGGAAUCAACAUCAGCCACAACAAAUGAGAGCACAACUGUUAGUACAACUGAAACAACUACACCAGCCACAACAACUGAGAGUACAACUGAAACAACUACACCAGCCACAACAACAGAAUCAACAUCAGCCACAACA